GCAGCGGCAACAUUGAACAGCAGCAGCAAAACGAAGGUUUUCUUCGAUGCGCCGCCGCCGUCUACACCUGCAAUUGUCAGAUUGCCGCCAUCUCGCCGCCUCACCACUACUACCUACACUACUACAACCACCAGAACAAUGUCUCACGGACAGCCUCCACCCGGAUCCAGCAUGUAUGGCUUUGGAGCCAUGGGAAUGGGAUCCGGUAUGGGAGCCGGCAUGGGAACUGGCAUGGGAACCGGCAUGUCAGCCUCGCAGAUGACUUCCGACCCACAGGACAUGAUGUCGCUUCUGGACCCUUCGGUGUUUUCUGGGUUUGACGGAAUGUCGAUGAGUCUCGAUGUCGGCGAUUCCAUGUCAACCCCCUUCACCCCGGUCUCGGUCCAGCCACCCCUCCCUGCGUUACCUGCAGGGCCAAGUCACGUUGGGGUGCGCGGCGGUCACGGGGCCCCCGACCAGCUAUUUUCCCCCGACGACGUUAUUGCGACCAGCAUGCCCAGCGCCGGACCGAUGAUCGCCACGCCUACCACCACCACCUCCGGACCUUCGGCCGGCCCUUCGUCGGGCGGCGGAAGCACCCUGACCGAAUUCACCAAGCGCCGCAAUUGGCCCGCCAAGGUUGUUGAAGAGCUCCAGGACUGGGAACACAUUCUGGAUGCCAACGGGCGGAUAAAGCAUGUCUCGCCCAGCGUAGAGCCCCUUACCGGCUAUAAGCCGCCGGAAAUCAUUGAUUUGUUCCUCAGGGACCUGAUCCACCCGGAUGACGUCGGGGUCUUCACCGCGGAGAUGAAUGAAGCCAUUGCGACAGGAUCCCAGUUGCGACUAUUCUACCGGUUCCGGAAAAAGGAUGGAAACUGGACCAUUUUCGAGACUGUCGGUCAUGCGCACAUCGCCGCGGCCAAGUUUGCACCCAAUCCGCAGAACCAGUCGCCCUUCUGCCAGGCCGUUUUCAUGAUGGCUCGGCCCUACCCGACCAAGAACGCGGGUCUGUUGGAUUCCUUCCUGGAGCACAAGAUCGAGAACGAGAGAUUGAAGCGCAGGAUUGCCGAGCUGCGCAGAGAGGAGCAGGAGGAGCAGGAAGAGUCGCAGAGAACAUGGCGGAUGAGCCAGGAGGGACGAUCUGAUGUUACGCCGUCCGACGAUACCACGACCCAGCUGGGAAUGACGCCUUUCUACAUUCCCAUGAAUGCCCAAGCUGACGUUAUGAUGCCGCCACCCAGCCAGCCGGCGUCGUCGCUUAACAUUGCGCUGACGCGGGAGAACCUGGAGGGCAUUGCCGGAAGCCGGCCCGAUUCUAUACGCGAAAAGAUGUUACGAUAUGAGGGCAAUCACGCAGACACGAUUGAAAUGCUUACAGGGCUGAAGUACCAGGAGGGUGAGAGAAGUCAUGGUAUCACAACGGGCAACGCCAGCCCGACGCUCAUUAAGGGUGAUGCGGGAAUUGCGAUUCCACUAGACCGAGAUCCCCGGACGGGAGAGAAGAAGAAGAAGAUCAAGGUUGCAGAGGAAUACGUGUGCACCGACUGCGGUACGCUCGAUUCCCCCGAAUGGCGAAAAGGACCUAGUGGACCAAAAACACUCUGUAAUGCAUGCGGUCUUCGCUGGGCAAAGAAAGAGAAGAAGAAGAACGCCAACAAUAACAACAACGGCGGAGGUAUGGGCGGUCACGACAACCAUACACCAAUGGGUGAUAAUAUGGGAUAAAAGAUGAAGAUGCGCAAUGAACCACACGAACUGCAAGCGGCUAUAUACCUAUACGCAACCAAAUUCG